AUGUUGAAAAAAGGAGCUGUGGAAAAAGCGUCGGCGGAGUUGUCGAGGUUGUCGCGGCGCAACUGCGCGGACGUAUGUCACGCAGAAAACAUCAUUGCUGUCGUCAUUCCCACAUUGCCAUAUUGCCACAUCACAACAUCACAAUGCACAACAAAGAUUUCUUUUCUUGCCCCUUCAAGAAGAAGAAGGAAACUUGCAAAUGGCGCUAUUAACCACCAGCAGGAGACGACGCCAUUUGUCAAUUCCUUGCAAGCACGCAAACCAGGAACGCCGGGUCAUUCUUCAAGCUCCACACCGUAUCAGAUCCUCCAUAACGCCAAGCUUCAGAACCUUAGCAGCGAGUGCACGACGAAAAUCCGUUACAACCCCGACCCUGACCUCGUGUCUCGCUUCGAAACGCCGACUUCAGAUCGCAAUCUCGAUGGAGAAAGGCUCAAGAAACGAACCAAAGUGGUACCAAAGCCGAAAUCAAGGGUAGAAAAACGAUCCAAACGCAGCAGCUUAUCUGCUCCAGAGCGCAACACAGCAUCAAUCCGAGCUGCAAAAUCUAGGAGCAUUCGAGCCCGAAAGCAAGCCCGUCUGGGUCGAGAAGACGACUGGUUUGCUGGACUUAUACGUCGACAUGGAGGAAACAACAUAUCCGAGGCUCAGAUUCAGGCUGUGCUGCGUCAAGCUGACGAUGAUGCUAAUCAAGUAGCCAAUCGUGUCGCGGCCGCCCCGCUAUCCAUUGUUUCGCCGGGCACGGGAAGUGGUAUCCGGCUAGUGUCGUCGACAGGUACAGCAAUAUCUGUCAACAUCGCUGAUGCCACUCAACAAACAUACACAAUCGUCAUGCCACCAAAUGCACCUAGCGCUGCCGGUCAGGCUCUUAAUGCGAAUCUUGAUGUACCGAGCACAGCUACAGCUACCGCUUCAUUAACGGGAAUAGAUAGUAAUACUGUGUGGCAUACGGUUCCCACAAACACAGCAGCGUACUCCUGGAACUGGUACGGUGGCGCGACCCUUGCUGCUACGCUUACUGGUGCUGGGGCACUUACUACGAUUGGAGCUUUAAGCGCUCCAUCAGCGGCGAUUUCUGGUAAUGUGCAAUUGAGCGGUGGUGGUGCAUUAAGUAUCAAUUCAACAGCUGCUGUACAGUGCACCAUGCUGAAUCCGACUCUCGCGAGUUCAGGUAAUCGGAUCGGCCCAGCUUUCGAUUGGCCCUUCGUCCGUAGCGGUACUAGGCGGAUCGCUGUCUCGGGAUCCGCCCGGGUCCGCCGGAGUCCACAAUCGUCCAUCCUAAGGUGGACGAUGCGGACCGUUGCCGGGUACCUGCAACGGUCCGCAGGUUGGGUCCGGUCCGGGUGCUUGGGUAGUGUGGGACCGGAACGCGUUCAAGAUCCCACGCGUUCCAUUUCAGCGUUUGUACUCUACCAGUAUUCACCAAAGAGGGAUUUACGGGACAGGAGAAAACUACCUCGCUACCCAAAACACCAGAGCAUAUACUUCAAUAUCGUUCGUUUCAGGGCUUCGUUGAGGGGGAACCGAUUGCGUCCGGCGGCCGAGGAACAGGUCCCAAGCCUCGAGUGCCAUGUUCCGCUUAUCUUCAUUCUCGAGCGCAAGCCAACCCGCCUUUUGCUCUCAGCCUCCUCUCUGAGGUCGUCAAAUGCCUUCAGCUGCGCAACAAAGUCCAUCUCCCUGUCCACCGCCGCCAAAAUCACGUUCUCUCCCUUCACCAGGCUUGACUUGCCGCAUCGGCAGUUCCCCUACUUCUACCAAGUUCAGAACUUAUCGCAGGGGCCAACUACACGGGCUGCAAAUUCCCCGGGAGGACCAAGAAUCACACCUCAACAGGCAGACAUAUGUGACUCAGCACGAGCACGAAAGCAGCAGGUGGCUGUGCUGGGGUCGCCCCCAACAACGACGUGGAUUGUCGGCUCCUUCACCGUGGUGGGCGUGAGUCUUUUUGGCAACCACGGUAUGUCCAGUGAGAUCAAGAAAAGUCUUCAUUCGCUCGAACGUUCCGCCGAUUCCGAUUGGUUCACGUGCAGCCAAGAACGAAAGACUGGAUAA